CCGGUUCAGUUAAACAGUACAAAAUAUUCGUUUUUUCGUUUAGUCGUCUUGGCAUAUGUCGUGCAGUGCAGAGCGGUCUGUCAGUCGGGUUUAUGAAUCUACAAGAGUGGUGCAACUCUUUACAGCUGCUAAACUUUUCAGAUUGGAGUCAUGGGUGAUAUGUGGUUGGAGGUCAAUCCAGUGUUUUGCAGUCGUAUCGCAGCAGUUGCAGAGAAGCGGAGUCAACAAGCCUGUCAUCAGCAGUCAGCUCUGUGCAUGUUAGAUGUGACCUGACUUGGUCACUGUUUAUUGGAUUUCAAUGAAGGAGCUUUGCAGGUAUGGGGUCAGAGAUUAUCUACAGGAGAAUACAUUGCAGUUAGCUGGUGCCGGGAGAUGUGUGAAGAUGUCAAGUUUGUUCCAGGUGCGGUGCCUAGAGCUAAGGCCUGCUGCUGACUGUCUCAGCGGCGUCACUGCAGCGCCUCAGCCUGAGCGUCGCGGCGGCGUCACUGCAGCGCCUCAGCCUGAGCGUCGCGGCGGCGUCACUGCGACGCCCCAGCCUGAGCGUCGCGGCGGCGUCACUGCGGCGUCACUGCGACGCCCCAGCCUGAGCGUCGCGGCGGCGUCACUGCAGCGCCUCAGCCUGAGCGUCGCGGCGGCGUCACUGCAGCGCCUCAGCCUGAGCGUCGCGGCGGCGUCACUGCAGCGCCUCAGCCUGAGCGUCGCGGCGGCGUCACUGCAGCGCCUCAGCCUGAGCGUCGCGGCGGCGUCACUGCGACGCCCCAGCCUGAGCGUCGCGGCGGCGUCACUGCAGCGCCUCAGCCUGAGCGUCGCGGCGGCGUCACUGCAGCGCCUCAGCCUGAGCGUCGCGGCGGCGUCACUGCAGCGCCUCAGCCUGAGCGUCGCGGCGGCGUCACUGCAGCGCCUCAGCCUGAGCGUCGCGGCGGCGUCACUGCAGCGCCUCAGCCUGAGCGUCGCGGCGGCGUCACUGCAGCGCCUCAGCCUGAGCGUCGCGGCGGCGUCACUGCAGCGCCUCAGCCUGAGCGUCGCGGCGGCGUCACUGCAGCGCCUCAGCCUGAGCGUCGCGGCGGCGUCACUGCAGCGCCUCAGCCUGAGCGUCGCGGCGGCGUCACUGCAGCGCCUCAGCCUGAGCGUCGCGGCGGCGUCACUGCAGCGCCUCAGCCUGAGCGUCGCGGCGGCGUCACUGCAGCGCCUCAGCCUGAGCGUCACUGCGGUGUCACUGCGACGCCCCAGUCUGAGCUGAAGUUCUUUUCAGUUCUCUAGGUGACAGUUAACGCACCUUAAUGUACUCUUAAAUUUU